GCGUGUUGUGGAGAAGCCGAUGUUCUUGUUCUAAAAUUAAAUAUAAUACGAUGACUGGUGACUAUUUUCGGGGGACAUCAAUUGGAAUCAUCGCGAUUUGAGAGGCAUGACAAAGAGCUGCAAUUGGGCACAAUUUGCGCCCUUCUUGCAUGUCGAGAGCAUGGAGCGUUUGAAUUUUCGCGGGAAUGUUUCCGGAACCAGUGGCGCCAUCUGGAAGCAACACAAUUUCACGUGCGUCUGAGAGUCUGAGAUGGACAGCUGGUUCCGGAAGAGUAUCCGAGUGGGAGGAAUUCAUUGGGCGGAAUGUCACUCUACAAAACAAGAGUGAAGGAGUUCGAGACUUUCCUGGCCAAUGACGUGAUUGACCUGAGGAGUCUCAAGCAGCUCUGCUUCAAUGGCAUUCCCGAUGGCGGAGGUUUCAGAGCGCUCUGCUGGCGCCUCUUGCUGGGCUACCUCGGGCCCCAGCGGAGCACCUGGACGCAGACGCUACAGAAGAAGCGUCAGCUCUACCAGCAAUUCAUUGAUGAGAUGAUUGUGUCGCCCGGAACGUCCGGAGGUUCCUUGGAUCAUCCGCUGAGCGAUGGGCCGGAGAGUGCCUGGAGCACAUUCUUCAAGGACAACGAAGUCCUCCUGCAGAUUGACAAGGAUGUGAGGAGACUGUGUCCGGAUAUAUCCUUCUUCCAGCAAGCAACAGAGUUUCCCUGUGAAGUUGUGGUGAACAGCAAUGGCGAGAGAAGACUGCAUUCCCGCGUGGCGCCGUCCAGGCUGUCAUCGGCGAAUGUGGAGGGGAAGUUUGGGAUGACAAAGAUCAAUCUCAUCACAAAACGCGCCCAGGAGAGCUACGAGGCGAUGGAGGAGGGUCUGGAGGCGCACUGGGAAGUCGUGCAGAGAAUUCUGUUCCUCUUUGCCAAACUCAAUCCCGGAAUCGGAUACGUACAGGGCAUGAACGAGAUUGUUGGACCAAUUUACUAUGUAAUGGCUUCAGAUCCCAACAUGGUGUUCAGAGAAUUCGCCGAGGCGGACUGCUUCUUCUGCUUCACGGCGCUCAUGGGAGAGAUUCGGGACUUCUUCAUCAAGACACUGGAUGAAUCUGAGGGUGGCAUUAAGGCGAUGAUGAACAAAAUGACCAAAUUGCUGGAGGUGAAAGAUCUGGAGGUGUGGCAGAGACUGAGAGAUCAGGAACUCUAUCCGCAGUACUAUGGUUUCCGUUGGCUGACGUUGCUCCUGUCGCAGGAGUUUCCGCUGCCUGAUGUGGUGAGAAUCUGGGAUUCUGUGCUGUCCGAUGAGAAUAGGUUCGAGUUCCUGGUUCACAUCUGCUGCGCCAUGAUUAUACUGCUCAGGGAGCAGAUCCUGGAACAGGAUUUUGCCAGCAAUGUGAAACUGUUGCAGAACUUUCCUCCGAUGGACAUAAAUAUUGUCUUACUGAAGGCAACAACACUCAAAUAGUGUGUGUGAAAAUCUCUCUGAAAGCAAAUGCGAAUCAAUUUUUUUACGCGCAAUCAAAGCAUUUUUGUAUAGAAUCCUUUACAAUUCUCAUGAGAAGGUUUAAAAAGGAAAAAUAAAAAGUUUCUCAUAGUUCUCA